AUGUGCCGGAUCAAUGAGGUGCUCAGUCUUCAGUGGAAGAAUCUCACGUUAGGAAUGACACGACCCAGUACAACGGACCCGAGUGUUUCCAUUACAUUUGGAGUUUACAAGCUUGAUGGAAGAAAGACUGAGACUGAUCACAGCUGGACCGACGGUGACUACGUCUUUCCGGCGCUGUCAAAAGUGGCUAAAAGUAUGUCUGAGCAGGCAUUCAUCACCCUUCUCAACUGCGUUGUGCGAGAUCUGAAUCGAAACGGGAAAUCGACGCGUGGCUACGUCAGGCAGGAGUGGCGUGAUAUCUGGUUCACAUCUCACACGUUUCGUCGAGCUGGUGCGCAAUACAGGUUCAUGUUUGCUGUUCCCGAGCGUCGGUGGUCACUGCGCAUGGUGAAGUGGUGUGCGGGAUGGACCCCGAAUGAGUCGUCCGAGACGCUUGUGCGCUAUCUACUGGACCAAGCGGCUAAUGACGAAGAAAAACAAUUAGCGGACUGCUUAGCGCCGGAUCGCGAAGCGCACUCGGGCUACUGGAAAGACAUGUACCGAAUGUAUUGGAAAGCUGAUCCGAGCCGCCACCUUUUUAAGCCAGUCAGUGAGUGGACGGCCCAAGACAAGAAGAAGAGUGGAGCCUUGCAUAGCAGACUAAGCAACGCUGCCAGCUCAGACGUCAAUGUACUCACGAUGGACACACUGGCCCGAUACAUCCGCCUCGACCGUAAACGUCGUCUUGUGAAGUCUAGGCACGCGUACCUUAGAGAUUAA